AAUAAUAAAAGUUGGUGCAAUAGUCGGUUUAGUUCCGGGUACGGUUGUAGCAAAUCAACAUGUUGGAGCAGUGAUGUCAUGCAAAGUGUGUUAAUAUUAGUGCCUCGGUUUCAGAAACGUUACUUAUAUUUGGCAAUAGCUCUACUACUGGUCGGAGUCUUCCUGGCCAUUAUCCACUUUGCUCAGAAACAUUCUGAAGGCACUGUCACUCGGCCACUGACUGAAGACGACCUUAGCAACAACGACCCCAACCAGCCGCUGGUUCCGCCAGACCCGAUGCAACAGUUGCCGUCGUCACCGAGCGUGCUGCAUGCCUUCCGGAAGGCGGCCGUCUGCACUGACGGGCCUCCUUGCUCGGAGAUAGGCAGAGAUAUUCUACAGCGUGGUGGUUCGGCGGUGGAUGCUGCGAUCGCUUCCUUAUUUUGCAAUGGAAUCGUUAACCAACAAUCCAUGGGCCUUGGUGGAGGAUUCAUGAUGACGGUCUACACCAGAGCCACCAGGACAGCAGUAACACUGAACGCCCGAGAAAUGGCUCCAGCCGCAGCCCAUAGAGACAUGUACGAAGGAGAGUCGAAGAAAGGUCAAGCUCACAAAGGUAGAGGCCCGCUAUCAAUAGCUGUCCCUGGUGAGCUGGCUGGGUAUUGGGAAGCUCACAAACGUUUCGGCGUUUUACCAUGGGAGGAAAUUGUGAGACCGGUGUUGAAAUUGUGCGAUACUGGAUACAACAUGUCUAGGGCUCAAUGGAGCGCACUGGAUGCCAACCAUGGAGUAAAAGAUGAUGAAACAAUAAGUGGCAUGUUUGUGGAUCCCCUGACAGGCGAUUUUUUGCCAGCCGGCAGUUUUGUGAAACCAGCAGCAUGUAUCUGCGAAACAUUGAAAGUAAUCGCGAAAACAGGAGGACGCGCUCUCAGCGAGGGACCUCUUGCCAAGGACCUAGCCCAGGACUUGAAGGAAAUGGGAAGUUUGGUCACGCUGCAAGAUUUGGCUAGUUUCAAGCCGCAGUGGUCUCCUGCCCUGAACUUUUCCCUCUACGUGGGUCCGGAUACGUUGUCUCUUUUGACAGUUCCUCCGCCAGGAAGUGGAGUCCUGCUUGGAUUUAUUUUCAACAUUUUGCGAGGAUAUGAUAUGGACGAAUCUGAUGUUAAGGACACUCCUUCUAGAAUAUUGACGAUGCAUAGAAUUGUGGAAACCUUCAAGCACGCAUAUGCCAAAAGAAGCCAACUGGGAGAUAGCGAUUUUGUGGACAUCAGAGAACUGAUGGAAGAACUCACAUCAAUGAAAUAUGCCGACACGAUUCGAUCUAUGAUCAGAGAUGAUGAGACGUCACAGGAAGCCAAAGAUUACGGAGCCUCAUUCUACUCAAAAGACGACCACGGCACUGCACAUAUUUCGGUUGUGGCACCCAAUGGAGAUGCCGUUAGUGUCACCAGCACCAUCAACUUUUACUUUGGAUCCGGCCUAGCUUCUAAACGAACCGGAAUUAUCUUAAACAAUUGUAUGGACGACUUUUCCACUCCAGGCUUAGUAAAUUAUUUCGGAGUACCACCGUCGCCAGCCAAUUUCAUUGCACCCGGAAAGCGCCCCCUGUCGAGUAUGAGCCCUAGUAUAAUAGUCGACAGUGAAGGAGAAGUGAGAAUGGUCGUCGGUGCUUCUGGCGGGACCAAAAUAACUACAGCAGUUGCGCUGGUUAUGUUAAGACAUCUCUGGUUUGGUCAAACAAUCAAGCAGGCCGUCGACGCUCCCAGAUUCCACCACCAGCUGUACCCGAUGCUUAUAAGUUACGAAUAUGGAAUACUUGAUCAAUUGAUAAAGGGUCUUCAGGCCAAGGGGCACCGUACAAUGCGCUACCGAAACAGGGGCUCUAUAAUCUGCGCCAUGUCGGUCAACAGUUCAGGAAUUUAUGCAAAUGCAGACUACAGGAAGGGCGGCGAUGUCUACGGCCUGUGA